GAUUGUUCUCUCCUUUCUCGCGCUGUCGAUCCACGGACCACAAUGGAUCAUGACGGAAGUUCCCGAGCGGCUGUUGACGAUGUCUUUGCCCACCACCACCGAUGUCGUGCUCGUCGACACCAUCCAGCUCACGGCAAACAUCGGCGCAGAUUGCUGGGGACGCUUACGCGAACAGCCCGUCUCUAUCACCGUCCACCUGCAUCUCAAGCCCUCCUUCCUUGAGAUCUCCGGCCAGUCUGACAAUGUCCUAGACUCCAUCCACUAUGGUCAUCUCACCAAAGCUGUCUCAGCGCUCUCGACAUCUUAUACUGAUGUUCGUGCACUCGUGCAUGAGGUCACUCAGAAAGCGUUCGCUCUGGCUGGAGAGAAUGUGGACGCCGUGCGCGUCGUCGUCGGCCUUCCGAAACAGAUUUUACUUGCGAACGACUUUGAGAUUGAGGUGGUUACACCGAGGGGCAAAGACAGUUUGCAGCAGGCUGCAAAGGUGUCUGUGAAAGACCUUAUCAUACCCGUGCUGAUUGGCGUCAAUCCCCCCGAACGCCUAGCAAAGCAGAGGGUGAUCACGAACAUUACAUUCUAUGAGAAAGCUGGUAUGCACGAAGUAGACUACCCUGCAAUCAUCAAACAGAUAUCAGAGGAAAUUGAAAACACUGCGUACCUCACGCUCGAGAAAUUCGUCCUGCACAUCGUCCGCAGCUCAUGCCUCGCAUCUGAUGCCAUCGAAGCUGUAACAACACGAUCACAGAAGCCUAGUGCACUAUCUUUCGCUCACUCUUCUGGUGUCGAGAUGACCCGGUACCGCGAUGCGUUCCAAGGAUUGCAGUAAACCCGCGUAGGAAAUGUGUGUAGCCGAUCUCGAGUAGCAUGACCCACAUACUCAUGCAUGUCUGAACAGCCAACAUGAAGGCGGGUAUUGAAAUGCGAUCAUUGAUUACCUCAACGCUAGUAAGAGCGCAAUUUGAAAAAUACAAGAUCGGGUUUCUCAAAGCAAACAUCACGAACUCUCGCCGAUCUUAUAGGCGAUAUUGAAGGAGGAAGCAUUGAAACAGCCAGAUUCAAGCACCGCAAAUCACAACAGCAUUUCCGCUAAUUAAACAUCUACACAUACCAUUUCUGAUGUGCUGAAUGUAGUGAGAGGGCUAGCCAACUUAGAGCUCCUCCGGUGAUAGAAUAAGGCACUCGAGUUUUCUUUUGGCA